AUGUCGAAUAGUGUCCUGGGAAUUGAUUUUGGAACAUCCUUUUCCUCUGUGGCCAUUCUGUUUAAAGGAGAGAUAAAGGUUGUUCAUGAUGAAAACGGAAGUACCUAUAUUCCGUCAGUUGUUUGUUUCCGUGAGAAGGAGAAGGUGGGAGCGGCCGCCGAGCAUUUCAAAAAGAAAUACCCCAAAAACACCAUUUACGAAAUCAAGCGUAUUGUUGGUUGCCGAUACGAUGAUGCGAUUGUUUCUCGGAUGCAGAAGAUUUGGCCUUUUUCUGUUGUUGAAGGAAUGGAACAUCGCGUGCAAGUGGAGUUUUAUGUGAACGAUAAACGUCGACGUUACUACCCUGAGUAUGUGAUCUCGAAAGUUUUGAAAUAUCUGGUUGGGCUGGCGGAGAAUGUGACUGGAGAGAAGUACUCCAAGGCUGUGAUUACCGUUCCUGCUAACUUUAAUGACACACAGCGAAAGUGUAUUCGGGUAGCUGCUCGUUUUGCCAAUCUCGAGGUGCUACGUAUCAUGGACGAGCCUGUCGCUGCAGCUGUUGCUAUUUCGAUUCAGACGAACAUCGACAAUAGCCGUGUAUUAGUUUAUGAUCUUGGAGGAGGUACUUUCGAUUUCACCAUUCUGGAAGUGACAGUAAAUGACUACCGUGUAAAGGCUACCGACGGAGAUCCCUGCCUGGGCGGAGCGGAUUUCACCAAUGCCUUGAUGGCGCUGUCUCGCCAGAAGAUCAUCCAAGACGAGGGCGUGGACAGCAACGAGAACCCGCGUCUCGAAGUGGAGCUUCGCAGCGUCUGCGAGACGAUCAAGCAGGAGCUCACCUCUCUGGAGCAAGCCCAGAUGGACAUCGACCUGUCGCGCUACGGAGGGUCGAUGUGCUACACGCUGACGAUCAGUCGCUCCGAGUUCGAGAGCGUGAUCGUGGGGCAGAUCAAGCGCUCCGUCGACAUCGUCGAGAACUGCAUGAAGACCUACGACGUGGACAUUUCGUCCGUCUCGGGCAUCGCUCUGGUCGGCGGCUCCUCCUGCAUCCCGCUCAUCCGCAAGGAGCUCAACGAGCGCUUCCCCACGCUCCGCAUCCUCUCCGGCUUCGACUCACGCGAAGUCGUCUGUCGCGGCGCGCUCGUCCAGGCGCUCUCCCUCAUCGACGAGCCCGACCUCGUCUCCCCGACGCCCGCCGUGGUCUCUCCCAAGACCCAGCCCGACAUCGCCUCCUCCACCCCCGUUUCCACCAUCGAAACGCCCUCCCUCGUCCGCCCCUCCGCCUAUCGCGAGAAUCUCAACCGUAACGCGCGUCCGGAGGAGCUGCUCCCCUCCGCCUCCGCCUCCUCGCUCUCCACGCCGCAGUCCGUGUCGCCCUCCGCGGUCCCGUCGCUCAGCUCGCCCCAGCGGAUCUCGCUCUCCUCGUCGCAGCGUCUCUCCGGAUCGUCCACGCUCGAGGUCAAGCCCAUCAGUCUCCAGCCCGUCCCUCUCUCCCUCCCCAAGCGUCCUUCUACGCCCUCUCUCUCCUCGCCCUCUCUCGCACCCGUUCCUGCGCCCAUUCCCGCACCAAUUCCCGCACCGAUUCCCGCACCAAUUCCCGCACCAAUUCCCGCACCAGUUGCUGCACCGACACACGACUUCGGGAAGGUGCAUAUCCAUCCAACGACGCCUCUGGACCUUGGAAUCCGCGUGCAGGGCAAGUACAUGAGCGUGAUUAUUCCGCGGAACACGCCGCUGCCGACCUCGAUGUCGAAGACGUACCAGACGAACGAGGACCAUCCGGACUGCGUGCACUGCUGCAUGUACCAGGGCAACCACGAGCUGGUGGCGAACGAUGUGAAGAUCGGGAUCAUCAAGGCGAAGGACAUUCCGGUGUACCCCAACGUGCGCAGCCUGAUCUCCAUCACGUUUUCGAUCGAUAUCAAUGGAGUUUUUUCUGUGUCUGCGUCGGUUGUGGGCUCCGAAAUGCCGGUGACAAUCGAGAUGCUGGACUCGGUUCUGUUGACAGACAAGAUGAUCGACAAUAUUAUAGAUGAGGACAAGCGAGAGAAGGAGGAGAUUAUAAAGGAAAUGAGGGAGGAUUUGAUCAGCGAAAUCGAGUUGAGGCUUCAGGACUUGGAGAACAGCGAUAACUAUCGGAUGAUCGCGUUGGUGGCUCGCGAGCGAGAUUGGCUGAACGAGAAUAUGUAUACUGGCAGUGUGGAGGAGCUGCAGCAGUGUUUGGAUAGGUUGAAAUAAAGAUUGU